AUGGCCCGCGGAGUCCUCGCUGCCGCCGCCGCGCCCCUGGUCAGCGCUCCAUCACUGCGCACACUGCGCAGGCGCGCUUCCCGAGGCAGCCUGGGAGCCCUGCAAGGAGCCACAAGCCUGAUUGUGCAGCAGUGGCCUGUGUCCCUGAGGGCGACACAGGGUGGUCAGGCCACCCUGGCCUGACAGGUGACUCAGGCGCAGGCCUGGGAGCAGCUCCAAGUGGAGUGGACCAAGAACGGUGCCGCUGUGUGUCAGCUGCUCCUUCCCAAUGGCACCCACAGCCCUGGCAGGUGUGGUCCCCGGGGACAGCUGUCCUGGCGGGCGCCUGGGGACAUGCGGCUGCAGCUGGACCAGCUGGCCCUCAGUGACAGUGGGGCCUAUGUGUGCCGGGCAACUGUGGAAAUUCCUGAGCUGGAGAAGGCGGAGGGGAACCAGACACAGCUCCUGGGUGACGCAGGAAAUCCAUUCUACAACAAUGUCUGGUACAGGUCCUGGGAGGUCCCAAAGAGGAGCAAUGCCUGGCCUGGACAGGGGAAAGUGCUGGGCACCCCCAGCGAGGACCUGAAGGCCCAGCGGGUCUACUCCACUUCUUUCCCCCAGCCCUCCACCCGCCUGCCACAGCUGGCAACCAAACCUUGCCCCAGCCCCAGGCCGGCCCACCCCAUCUCUAUAGUCAAGGUUUCUCCUGGCCCAGGUGCCUCAGCGUAGCCUGGGCUGAGAGGGUUCCCCAAAGUCAGAAAAGGAAUCAGAGACCCCUCAAGACUCCAACGCAGACUGGGUCAGUGA